CCAAGCUCCGCAGUUCCGUUAUACCGAUCGACUGUGUGAGUAUAUCCGGCUAAAAAGACCGGCAGUGUUUCGCGCAAGAUGUUGUCCUCAUUCCCCGUGAACACCCAGCUCAGUAUGGAGCUGUUCUCUCAGCUGUCAGUUGGGAUUGUUUGCCAAUUCUCUGGUUUUACCAGCUGGACGUAUAUGGAGAUGUUGUAAAUCGGAGUAAUCACUUAUGCCGGCGAUAUAACAUAUUUUCACCGGGUUUACUUAUAUCCCGGUCAACAACUUGCAUGCUGUCGACCAGGAUUCUACCAAACUGUAUUUUGCUGCAGAGGGAUUUGUGUGAUCAAAUCUUCGGCUGAAUCGACCGACUUGUUAUUUUGGCCCCACUAAUUGUCUCCACCUCAGCAAGUGUCCGUGCCACGCAUGGCCGUCGCAAUUCUCAGUUUCCGUCGGGAAUUACAAGUUCGCCAACUGCAAGUCCCGGAAGCCAUUGCCUUUCCCCGCUGUAGUCCGCGUCAUGAGAACGACGAACAGCAGCGGCCCCAGCAAGUCCUCCUCUUCUCCGGUCUGGCACAACUGGUGCUCGGCGUAUCGGUGCUCAUCACACUUAAAAUGCAGCUGGAACAUGUCCUACCAACGGCCACCGUGGCUUGUGCCUGGCUGAUGUUUACCGGCAUCACGGGACUGUGCGCUUCGUGCUACGUGACAAGCAGUGUCGAUCAUCGAUCCCUGGAAUAUCAUAAUCGUCCCUAUCGGAAAUCGUUUAUUAUUUGUUUGCGAGUGUACAUUGGAUUAUUGUUAAUUGGGGUAGCCUUGACCAUCGCCAUGUCGGUACACGGCGUAUUCAAAGACAUCUCCGAUCCUCCACAAGACACCGGGAUCAUGAUCUCCUGGGAGCCGGGAAUGUCCUGCCUGGCCUUUGGAUUGUUGUUGAGCUUUCUGGACUGCAUGAUUAUUAGUGCCGUGCGCAAAGCCCUUCGCCAGUACUACACACCUCGGAAUUGCCGCACUUCAGGCACUACAACGACCACUACAACAGCAGCACCGGCACACCGGCCGGCGGCAGCAGUGGCGACAGCGCGUGCUGCUCGUGUUACAUUGCGGCACGAACCACUCCACAUCACAGUGGGUAGUCUCCUGCCUCCGCCUUAUCCAGGUGUCGGGCAUGCGGUAGAGGUGACGAAUCAUAGAGUGCGUGCCGAGCUGCAAUCAGCACAAGUGCCCUUAUUGACCUCCAGUGCCGCCGGCCGUGCACACGAGAGGCGGAAUCAGCUCUCACCUACCUAUUCAUUACCGCCAUCCUAUUCCAUACAGAUGCCGCCUUCCUAUUCAGAGGCCAUGGGAUUUCAUACAGCCUCCUCGUAAUCAAAAUUUGACAUAUUAGUGUUUCGAAUUUUUCCUGUUUCGGCAUUUCAGAAUUUCAGGUUACGCAAUAUUACAUGUACUUUUACUGGCCGAGAUAUUAUGGACUGCAGAAGUAUAAUUUUAUGCCGUCGAUGUCAGCCUCUCUUUUUGGAUGCUUUACAUGUCACGAACGUUUGCGGGAUUUUUGGCUUGCAUAAUUAUAAGUUCGAUGUACCCGUUUGGGCUAUCGCCUAUCACUGAGCGCACUUUAAGGAUUUCAGACCAGAAAAUAGCUAACGUAAAAUCUCUUUUUAGGCAAGGCUUAAUUUACA